CUCGAUUUGGGGAUUGUAGAGUGAUUAGAGGAAGGACUCCGGAUCUUGCGGGGAAGCCUCGUGUGGAUAAAUCUUCGUGUUUUCCUUUCCUUGCUUCGUACCGGUUUUAACCAUUAUGACUCUGGAGGAGACUCACGGCCAGGAGCCCCUGCCUGAGACUAGCGACAGCAGCAGCAGCAGCAACAGCAGCAGCAGCGCCCCGAGCGGCAGCAGGAUGCAGAACGCCGGCAAAGCCCUGCAGGAACUGCUCGUCUCUUCGCAACGCCGCGGCUACCUCACGGCGGGCGUCUACGAGUCGGCCAAGCUGAUGAAUGUCGAUCCGGACACGGUGGCUUUCUGCCUGCUGGCAGCGGAUGAGGAGGACGAGGGGGACAUAGCUCUCCAGAUCCACUUCACCCUCAUCCAGGCUUUCUGCUGUGAAAACGACAUUGACAUUGUGAGGGUGAGCGACAUCCAGAAGCUGGCUAGUAUUGUGGGGGCCAGUGAAGAGGCUGGAGAGCCCCGAGACCUUCAUUGCAUCCUUAUCACGAAUCCAAAUGAGGAUGCUUGGAAAGAUCCAGCCUUGGAAAAGCUAAACUUGUUUUGUGAGGAGAGUCGGAACAUCAAUGACUGGGUGCCCAAUAUCACCCUACCUGAGUGAUGAAAAUCCAGUGCACGGGAGAGGUGGAAGCCGUUUGUUGCAUUCUCAUCGUGGAGUUGCACACCUGGGCAACUCAACCAGUGGCUGAUUCUGUGGAUUAGCCAAGUCAAAAGCUUGGAUUAAGUCGCUGGGACAACACGUGGUGGAUUCUUGUGGAGAAAGAAGAAGCAAAGGAAGAAAGGAAUGGCUACAGCCAACAGUGAAUCCCUACUAUGUUGCAGCACUGGGGAAGCUGCCAUACUUGUGGAGUUGAAGAACUGCAGGUUUUUAGGUGCAGAAGGAAAAAAACCCUGCAGGUUUCCAGGUCCGGUGGAACAUUGUGUUAGAAAGCAGGGAACAAAGUUGGAAAACUGGACACUGAUGGCAUGGGAAGGUAUGGACACAAUAUUGUGACCAAGAGCUGCUGCUGUGGGGUGUCCAGAGCCCCAAAACAAGAGAGACUGGAACCAUAAUAGUCUUUGGUAACCUGAUAUUUUUACAGAGACUUUGAUGCAGACUGAUGUACUGUUGGCCUUGUGGACUAUAUUCUGCCUUGAUAACCAAUUUUGGAAUGAUCUUUUUAGAACUGAAUUUAUGCUGCUAUUGAGGAUCUUCUACAUUUUGUAAUAAACUUCUUAACAACUAA